AUGUACGACACUAUUCUGAAGCGUACCUCCCGGGUCGAACCCGUAAGCAUUGACGAGUUGUUCUUCGAGACAGCUGAUCUACUACAUGCUAUUCAAUUAAAGAGGAAGGGACAAUCCGACGAAAUUAGCACACCCUUACCCACACCUGCACCGACGCUCAAGCCCAUGAGUGAGGACGAUGUGCGUACACUGGCCAUUGCUUUCGCUGAAGAACUUCGGCAGGAGAUAUUUAACCAAUCAG